AUGCCUAGAGGCAACAAGAGCAAGGGCCGCUCCAGGGCCAAAAGGCAGCAGGCCCGAGGAGAGAGCCAGAGUAUCCAGGAUACUCAGCCCUCUGCAGAGGAGGAAGCAGCAGCGCCCCCUCUUGGCCAAGGAGAUGCCCCCAGCUGCCCUGAUGUAUGCAUUCCUCAGGGGUCCCAGGAGGCUGCACCCCAUGGAUCUCCUGAGUUAGAUGUCCUUUGCUCAGGCUAUGAUGUUGGUGCUGAAGGUUCUGAUGUUGGUGCUGAGGCUUCUGUUGCAGGUGCUGAGGAGAGAAGUGAUGUCGGUGCUGAGGCAUCUGUUGCAGAUGAUGAUGAAAAAAGUGCACGUGCCACCAAGAUAGCAGCCGCCAUUCAGUCUGCACGCAGAGAUCCACUUACCAGGAAGGCCAAUGUGUUGAUAGAGUUCAUGUUGGAGAAAUUUAAGGUGAAAAAGCCCUUCACACAGGCAGAUAUGCUAAGGGUGAUCAGCAAGAAGUACAAGGCACAUUUUCCUGAGAUCCUUAGGAGAAUCUCUGUGCGCCUGGAGCUGGUCUUUGGCCUUGAGUUAAAGGAAGUUGAUCCCAGUUCUCAGUCAUAUAUGCUUGUGGGCAAGCUGGGUCUCUCCACCGAGGGAAGCCUGAGUGGCAGUAGUGGGUUGCCCAAGACAGGGCUCCUGAUGACCCUCCUGGGUGUGAUUUUCAUGAAGGGGAACCGUGCUACUGAGGAAGAUGUUUGGGAAUUCCUGAAAGUUGUUGGGAUAUAUCCUGGGAAGAGUCAUGUAAUCUUUGGGGAGCCCCGGGAAUUUAUCACCAAAGAUUUGGUGGAGGAAAAUUAUGUGAUAUACAGCCAGGUUCCUGGCAGUAAUCCCCCAAGCUAUGAGUUCAGAUGGGGUCCCAGAGCCUAUGCUGAAACCACCAAGAUGAAAGUCCUGGAAGUUGUAGCUAAGAUCAAUAAUACUUCCCCCAGUUUCUUUCCUAGUAUGUAUGAAGAGGCUAUGCUUGAUGAGGCUAAUAGAGCAGCAAGGAGAUUUACAGAUGUGCCUGGCAAUGCUGUUGAUUCCAGGGAUAUCAGGGAUGUUAGGGCUCAUCGCAGGGUCCACAAAACAACGAGAAAUAAAUUGCCAUAG